AUGCCCAUUCGUUUUGGGUGCAAAGCCAUGUACGACGGGUAUACCUGUAUCAUUCUUGUGAAAUGGUCGUCGAGAGUCUGCUCAAGGGGAAAUCUAGACAGCAAAUUGUUGACCAACAGCUCACUAAGACUGGUCAUCAGGUUCACGUUACCGAACAACGUGGUGAUCUCUGUAGAGCUUAGAGGGAUGCCGUGGUCGUCCACGAAAGCGGCAAACGACGAGCACACUGCAUUCAACAGGUCCAGGUCCUGGAUAUACUGCUGUUCAAGCGAAACAAUCACCUGGGCUCGGGAGUCCUCAAACGAAUCCCUCACUGGCGUUGGGAAGUCUGUGAGCAGUUUUGCAGGCAACGGCGGCAACUUCUUAUCCGGUGGACGAACUACCGUAAUGGUCUUUCCCGUUUGGUUCAGUUCCUCGGUUUUCUUCAGCAUAUCUUUGAUCUCCUGGCCCUCGUUCCCGCGGGACAAGAACCACAGGCUCUGCGAAUAA